GCCGCCGCCGCCGCCGCCAUGCCCAUGAAGGGCCGCUUCCCGGUGCGCCGCACGCUGCAGUACCUGGGCCAGGGCGGCGUGGUGUUCAAGGACGCCGUGAAGGUCAUGACGGUGAACUACAACACGCACGGGGAGCGCGGCGAGGGCGCCAGGAAGUUCGUGUUCUUCAACGUCCCUCAGAUCCAGUACCGGAACCCCUGGGUGCAGAUCAUGCUGUUCAAGAACAUGACGCCCUCGCCCUUCCUGCGCUUCUACCUGGGGCCACCCUGCGCCAGGAGGAGCAGGACCGGCAGCGGCUGUCGCACCCGGUUUGAACUCCUUUCCGUGGAGGCAGUAGAGGCGCCGCGUGGGGCCCGCUGGACCCGUCGCACCCGCCGUAAACGGCGGCUGCGGUAUGUCCUCUCUCGAUUAUAUGUCGAUUCGGCGAACUUUGCGUAG